AUGUUGUCUGAAAUAGUUGCUCCUCGUCUUUCAUUCUCCCUUGACGACAGCGAGGAGAAGGAUGUUCCUCGAAAAGACACACUGCUUUUGGAUUCAAAUGAAGAUGAAUUUGAGUUUAGCAGAAACAACAGCAUAGAUUAUGAGUCAUCUUGUUGUGCAGAUGAGGUUUUCUCCAAUGGAGUGAUGAUAACAGAGAAAGAGAAAAGCAGCAGAAGCCGAAAGCAUAUGCGGUAUAUGAAGCUUCCUCCACUUCCAUCGUCACCAACAAGCAAGAACAAGAAACUAGAAGAGAAGAGAAGCGAGUCAAAGUCUUCGUUCUGGGGAUUCGGUAGAAGCAAGAGUCUCAACAACUGUGAUAGAAAGAAGAAGUUGAUGUGUUCUUUGAGUCCUCUAAUGUUGCCACGAAGCAAGUCAACAGGAUCAGCAUCAGUUCCUGUUCCAAAGAGCAAGCAGCAAUCCCAAUCCAGAUCAGUGAUGAUGAAUAUGUAUCCUCCUCGAUCAUCGUCAUCAUCAUAUGCAAAUAAUGGUCAUCGUGUUAGUCCUGUAUUGAACGUUCCAACCCCUGUUUCUCUCUUUGGUUUGGCUUCUUUCUGGCGUCUCGGAAAUGCUAAUAAGCUUCGUAAGACUACCAAGAACUAA